AUGAUAACAGCCGUAGAUUAUGAUCAGACCGUAAUAGACAUAACAAAAAGGUAUUUUCGACCAAUUUGCGCUGAUGUUCUCGAUUCCAUGAAAGGGAAAAAUUAUCAAUUCAUUGUAGCAGAUGCUGCUGAAUAUCUUGAGAGAGCUGUAAAGAAUAAUUUAAAAGUUGACAUCAUCAUAAACGACAUAACCACAAUUGCUUUAACUUCAAAGUCUGAAGGAGACAGAUGGGAUUUUCUUAGGAAACUUUUGAAUCUUUCAAUGAAAGUGUUGAAAGAUGGCGGAGUAUACAUUAACCACGGAACUUCGGCGAGCCGACUCGAAGGUCAAAAACUAUACGAAUAUGAGCUGAAUAAACUGGAUUCCACGAUACAGUUCACUAAAAAGAUUGCAAUCAUACCGUCUUAUCAAGAAAAUUGGGUUAUUUACCUAAUAUGGAAAAAUAUUGAGAAAAAGCAACGAACAUAA